AUGUCAAACGCCACCAAAUUUCGCGCCGCCAUCCUCAUCAUAUCGGAGACUGCCUCGAAAGAUCCAUCGACUGACAAAGGUAUCCCAGCCUUGCAAGAUGUUUUCACACAGCAGGGCGGCGACCAGUGGCAAGCGGAUGAGACCCGGAUUGUGCCCGACAAUGUUUUGGACAUACAACGAGCAGUCACGAGCUGGACCGACGCUGACAAUCCUGUUAACCUUAUCGUCACGAGUGGAGGCACUGGGUUUGCGCAGAAGGAUGUCACGCCUGAGGCUAUCGCACCAUUGCUGCAUAAACAUGCUGCCGGCUUGGUCCAUACAAUGCUCUCUGCAUCACUGGCCAUCACCCCGUUUGCCGCUAUGGCUCGACCUGUAGCAGGUGUUCGGAACAAUACUUUGAUACUGACGUUGCCUGGCUCUCCCAAAGGUGCCAAGGAGAAUCUCGAAGCAGUUCUGAAACUACUCCCGCACGCUUGCCAACAGGUCGGCGGGCUUGAUUCGAGGACCCUUCAUGUAGGCGGCACCAAGAAGCUCGAACAGGAUGCUGGACUAGUGUCCGGCGCUGGCUCGGGUCAUCAGCAUGGUCACAAUCACUCUCACGGCCACAGUCACGGUCACGGACAUGGUCAUGGACAUCACCACGGCCCUAAGGCGCAUACAAAGCCAGAGGAUAGACCUACGCCAAACGACCCCAACGCAGGCCCUGCCAAACGACAUCGAGAAUCACCAUACCCGAUGCUCUCGGUGGAUGAAGCUUUGAAGCAGAUUGCAGAGCACACCCCUUCACCGCACGUGGUGCGUACGAAAGUUGACGAGAAAUUGGUAGGAACCGUUCUGGCGGAAGACGUGACAGCUAAUGAGUCUGUCCCGGCCUUUAAAGCCAGCAUAGUGGACGGCUACGCCAUAACCGCAGGUAGUCAUGUCAUGAUACCAAGCACGAAGGGCAUCUUCCCAGUGACAAGUGUGUCUACAGCUCAAGCUGGACCAGAAGGGGAAGUGGAAAAGCUCCGCCUGGGCGAAGUUGCCCGGAUCACUACUGGCGCGCCACUACCACCCGGUGCAACGGCAGUCGUAAUGGUCGAAGACACUGUACUCCGUUCAAUGACAGACGACGGUCGAGAAGAAAAGGAGAUCGAGAUCCUGACUGAUGAGAUCGAAGCUGGAGAGAACGUGCGAGAGCCUGGAAGUGAUGUUCAGAAGGGUGAUGUGAUAAUGAGGAAGGGCGAAGGUAUUACCGCUGUUGGUGGAGAGUUUGGCUUGCUUGCUUCUGUCGGUACGAGGGAAGUGUCGGUGUAUCGCAAGCCUGUUGUUGGUGUACUCAGUACGGGCGAUGAGAUUGUGGAGUUUGAUCGUCCGGAUGCACUCAGACUGGGCGAGGUCCGAGACACCAAUCGACCUACACUCUUGACGGCCGUCAAGGGUUCUGGCUUUGAGGCCGUAGAUCUUCGCAUAGCGUCUGAUCAACCAGGCGCAUUGGAGCAGACUCUGCGAGACGCUAUGCGUAAGGUGGACGUCAUCAUCACUUCUGGUGGUGUUUCUAUGGGUGAACUUGACCUGCUCAAGCCCACGAUCGAGCGCUCUCUCGGCGGCACAAUACACUUCGGCCGUGUCUCCAUGAAGCCUGGCAAGCCAACAACAUUCGCAACCGUCCCGAUCAAGUCCAAUGCUGGGGACGAUCUGACGAAAGUCAUCUUCUCACUACCUGGCAAUCCAGCUUCAGCAGUGGUGACAUAUCACCUUUUCGUCCUGCCUGCUUUGCACAAGAUGUCCGGCAUAAGUCCAGCAGGACUUCCUAAAGUCAAGGUCGUACUCGACCAGGACGUCAAGCUGGAUCCGAAGAGGAGCGAAUAUCAUCGCGUCGUUGUCACUGCUCGGAGUGAUGGCCAACUGUAUGCCACCAGCACUGGCUUCCAACGCAGCUCGCGCAUCGGCAGCUUUAAGGGUGCUAACGCGCUGUUGUGCCUCCCAGCACAGGAGGGCUCUCUACGUAAGGGCGAGAAGGUGGAUGCGUUGCUAAUGGGUAAGAUCGUGAGUGACUUGCCUAACCUGUGA